GAUGAAGGUAAUUAAUCUCUACGCUUCUCUCUCUGCAAUUACUCCUUGAGAGCAUCUCUCUCUAGAAUACUGGGUAUUGCUGACUUGAGCGUCGGAGUAUUUUCUCCGAGGAAACAACCUCGGGAUUUUCAGGUGUAGAAGCAACUGAGGACUUCAACAGUGUUGGACUGCGAAGCUGCCGAAACAUUGGCGCCGUCUGUGGGAACAUGUACAAGGAGUCGUGUAGCUUUACUUGUUGAAAGAUAAUAUGGUUCGUACCUUUACUGGAGGUCGCCCUCCAAGGAAUGAAAUGGACAAACAAGAAGACACUCACGUGUCCAAGCCCGGCUUGAACGACUUUAGGCCAAUGCCAAGAAAUCUUUUUGUAGGAGGUGCCGAACAGGAUCACCUAAGUGAGACAGAUGAUGAAAGAACACCGACUGGGUAUGCAACCCAGCCUGAACAGUUCCAAGUUCCAACAGGAACAAGACAAAGAUCUGCCAGACCGUACAACUCACAGCGUGAACGACCUGAAAGGUCAACAGAACCUGCUUGGACAACCGAGCUCGAAGAGAGAACUAGAGUUCUCGAAAUGGCGAUGGGUAAAAUCCUUGCCCGUUUAAUUCCUGAUGACCCCUUGAUUCCCUUGCUGAACAGAGAUGCACAACCAGCUGCGGUUGUCGCAACUCGAAACUCCCCUGCUCUAAGCAACGUAGUGGUGCCAACCAGGCCAAGAGGAAGUGGGAAGUUGAAUAACGAGCCCAGCUUGUCCAAGCAUAGUGAAGAAUUGAUGAGAAAAAACGCAGACCUUGAAAGGCAGCUGCGGGACGUACAGAAGUCCAUUGACGAGCUGAAAAGUCCCAGGUCGCAUCAACAGACUCUGGAUUUGGAUAGUGCGCCACUAAACUUAUCAAUUACGGCAGAGCCGUAUCAAGAGGGAUUCAAAAUUCCCCACCUGGAGACAUAUGAUGGCUCAGGUGACCUUGAUGAACAUCUGCACACCUAUCAAGCCAUCAUGAGAAUCCAAAAUGCCAAUGAUGCUAUGAUGUGCAAAGUGUUCCCAGCGACACUCAAGUCAACAGCCAGGAGAUGGGAGAUCAAGCGCACAGCAACCGAGCUGAUGCAAGUUAACCAGAAGGAAGGGGAGUUGUUGAGGGAUUAUAUGCAGCGGUUCAACAAAGCCACCUUAGACAUUGAUAACGUCCCGGACACGAUCUGCCUGUCCGCCCUGUUGCAUGGGUUGAAGCGUGGUCGGUUUCUAGACGACCUGCUUGAAAACCCACCAAAGACGUGGAAUGAGGUGAAUGACAGAUCGACCAGCUUCAUACUAUCAGAGGACUUUCAGUCGUCCAAGCGACGAGCUGAUGAUAAGCCGGGUAAAGGCCAGGAACAACAACCGAGAAGAGAAGAGAAGAAGAAGCAUGAGGUUAGGAGACCUCCGCCCCCACUGCAUGAUUCCCCGAGGGCAGACAAGAGCAAGCAUUGUGACUACCAUCGUGUGUAUGGUCACAAUACAGAGGAUUGUCAACACUUGAAAGACGAGUUGGAGUUUUUGGCUCGAAAUGGGAAGCUAGAAGGAUAUGUUCAGAAGCCUCACACCCAGCAACCCGCUCAAACCCAUUUUGUACAGGCGUACGACCGACCUCAAGGGCAGAGGUACCAGCUCGGCGACACACAGGAUGUAUAUCAGGAUAACCAGUACCGUUCUGAGCAGGGCAGAGCAUACCGAGGACGUCCGUUCAACAGGAGAGGACAGGGACCGAGAACUACCGCCCCGAAUCAAAAAGACAAGAAAGGGGUAAGUUAUGCUGGAAUACCCCCACCCUCUGGUACCAUAAACAUGAUAUCAGGUGGUGUUCACUCCGGGGGCCAAAGCGCCAGAGGUCGCAAGGCGUAUGCACGCCAGGUGAUGACAGUUAAUAAAAACAGGCCUUUGAAACGCCCGUUUGAAGAAGCAGAAUGGGAAAAUGCACCCAUCACAUUCAGCCCGGCAAACUACAAACAAGCAGAAGGAGAGCCUGACAUUAUGAUGCCGCAUGCAGAUUCUUUUGUGACAAUGGUUCAUAUAGGCAACCAUAAUGUCAACAAAGUCUUUGUGGAUACGGGUAGCUCGCCGGAUAUCCUGUAUUGGAGUUGUUUUCAGAAAAUGCAGCUGAAUCUGAACUCACUGCAGAAACACGAAGGGCCUAUAUAUGGGUUCGACAAUCAGCCCGUCCCGGUUGAGGGAACCAUUACCCUUCCCAUCUAUGUGGGCUCGGAGCCACGGUUUAGGAUGGCUUCCGUUACCUUCCUGGUCGUCAAGAUGGAGUCAGCUUUCAACGCUAUACUGGGGAGAGCCACCCUUUGCGAACUGAAGGCGGUAAUCUCACAACCUCAUCUCUGCAUGAAAUUCCCAACUCCUCAGGGGUUAGGAGUGCUUAAAGGGAACCAGAAGAUGGCAAGAACAUGCUACCAAGGUACCUUCAAGAAGGUUGAGCUCGCUGCUGCUCCUACAGGCUCUGAAAAUCACAAGCCAACCCGGUUUGCUCAGCAGGCAAUGAGCAUUUCAGACAUUGAACACCGACCUGAGGGUGUCGAGCAGAAAGCAGAACCAGUAGAGCCGGUAGAAACGGUCCCUCUGAACCCUGCUGUGCCAGAGAGAACGGUUAAGAUUGGCACUAAACUCACAGAGGAAGAACGGGCAGAGCUCCUGAAGUUUUUGAGGGACAAUCAAGACGUGUUUGCGUGGACUACGGACGAAAUGCCGAGCAUCCCCACAGGGUUGACAGUCCACAAGCUAAGCACGGACCCCACUAAACGGCCAGUGGCAGGUUUCAUCAGGAGAGUGGAGUACUCCGAAUGGGUGUCCAACCCAGUGCUCGUCAAAAAGCCAAACGGCAAAUGGAGGAUGUGUAUUGAUUUCACCAACCUCAAUGACGCAUGUCCAAAAGACCCUCAUCCGUUACCAAAUGUCGAGAAGUUGGUAGAACGGGCAGCUGGGCACGAAUGGAUGAGUUUUCUGGACGCCAGCUUCGGUUACCACCAGGUCCAGCUGUUGUUAGACGACCAAGAAAAAACAGCUUUUUAUGCUGGUGACGCAAUAUACUGCUAUGUCAUGAUGCCGUUUGGCCUCAAAAAUGCUGGAGCAACAUACCAGAAGCUGGUGCAAAUCAUCUUUAAGUUGCAGAUUGGCCGAAACAUAGAAGUGUAUGUAGAUGACAUGAUAGUCACCAGCGUGCGAGCAAAGGAUCACAUUGACGACCUGGAUGAAACAUUUCAAAACUUGCGUCAAGCUCAAAUGAAACUGAAUCCCUCGAAAUGCACGUUCGCUGUGGAAUCAGGGAAAUUCCUAGGGUACGUAGUAUCCAAGAAAGGAAUCGAGGUAAAUCCAAAGAAGGUACAGGCCGUUCAGCAGAUGGAACCUCCCAAGACAGUAAAAGAUGUACAACGUCUGACAGGUCGGGUGGCUGCAUUGCACAGGUUUAUAGCCAGAUCGGCAGAAAGGUGCCUUCCGUUCUUCAAAGGUCUGCGGGAGCCUAAAAACUUUCAGUGGACUGUUGAGUGUCAACAGGCAUUUGACGAGCUCAAACAGUAUUUGGCAUCCGCACCCCUGCUGUCCAAGCCUGUCGACGAAGAAUGUCUAUAUCUUUAUCUGGGGGUCACAGAAGAAGCGGUGAGUUCAGUGCUGCUAAGGGAAGAGAAUAAGAGUCAGAAGCCUGUCUGCUAUGUCAGCAAGGUGUUACAAGGUGCCGAGCAGAACUACUCGCUAGUAGAAAAGGCUGCUUUUGCUUUGGUCUGCACGGCUCGUAAGCUGAGAGCUUAUUUUCAGUCUCAUCAGAUCGUUGUCUAUACCGAUUUACCACUGAGAAAAAUAUUGCAGAAACCUGAACUCUCUAGUCGUCUUAUUGGAUGGAGCGUCGAGCUGAGUGAAUAUGACCUGAAAUUUCGGCCGCGCACAACCAUAAAAGGCCAGGCCGUUGCGGACUUUCUGGUGGAGUGCACCUCAAUAACUAACAAAGAAAAAACACCUGAACACCCAGUCUGGGUUUUAUAUGUUGAUGGAGCAGCUAACAUUGAAGGGUCGGGUGCUAGGGCUGUGUUACUUGGCCUAGAUGGCUUUAAGUCUGAGCAUGCACUGAGGUUUAAGUUUCAGACGACAAAUAACGCUGCAGAAUAUGAAACCCUCAUUUACGGACUAAAGCUGGCAUCCAAGCUGAAAGUAAAAAACAAUCAGGUUUUUAGUGACUCACAGCUUGUAGUGGGCCAAGUGAAUGGCAGCUGCGACAUCAGGGAUCCCCAGCUCAAUCGUUAUGCCUCUGUGGUCAAUAGAUUGAAAUCGAUAUUUGCCCUUUUCCAAAUUGAUAAAAUACCAAGAGCAGACAACCACCGAGCUGACGAGCUGUCAAAGUUGGCCUCCUCGCAGGACAUUAACCCUCAGAGAUCAACAAUUGUUGAGGUACUCGAUGCACCGAGCUACACUGAUUUCACAGUCGAAUGUCAACUGCUAAGUACAGAUCCCUCUACACCAAGCUGGACCACCCCGCUCGUAAAUUAUCUACAAAGUGGCGAGCUACCUGAAGACCAGUCCGCUGCAAAAGUGAUUAAACGCAGGGCGGCACAUUUCACUGUGUUAGAUAACCAGCUCUACAAGCGAGCAGCCUCAAUGCCCCUAUUACGCUGCCUUACUCCGUACGAAGCUAAAUACGCCGUGAGAGAAGUUCACAAAGGAGUAUGUGGCACGCACAUCGGUGGCAAAACUUUAGCUCGGAAACUCCUAAGGCACAGUUAUUACUGGCCCACUAUGGUCGAGGACGCACAGAACUACGUCAAAAAGUGCCCGACCUGCCAGUUCAAUGCCGACGAUAUUCAUAUGCCAGGACAAAUGCUCUCAUCACUUACGUCUCCUUGGCCCUUUGCUCAAUGGGGUGUUGACCUGCUCGGCCCUUUCAUCAAAGGCAAAGGAGGCUGCAUUUUCCUGGUCGUUGCAGUGAAUUACUUCACUAAGUGGAUAGAAGCCAAACCACUGUCCACGACAAUGGAAAGAAAAAUAGAAGAAUUCUUGUUCAAUUCAAUUUUGUGCAGAUUCGGCAUACCUAAGCGGAUUAUCGCCGACAAUGGGCCACAGUUCCGAGCAGCAGCACUGAGAUCGUUUUGUAACGACUAUGGCAUUGAGCUCGCUUUGACAUCCGUGUACACUCCACAGUCCAAUGGGCAAGCCGAGUCCGCCAAUAAAAUCGUCUUGCGGGGACCUAAGACGCGCGUCUUGGCUGCACAUACUAAUUGGGUUGACGAGCUCAAUAAAGUGCUGUGGUCAUGUCGUACUACACCCAGCUCUGCCACAGGCGAAACCCCGUUCAGUCUGGCAUACGGAGCUGAGGCUGUUAUCCCCGUCGAGGUCGGACUGCCAUCCGAUAGAUCAGAUCGUCAUGACGAUCAGAAUAAUGAACAGCUCUUAAGAGAAAACCUAGACCUUGUGGAAGAAAUCAGGGAGAUGUCCCGAAUAAGAAACAUGGCACAUCAAAGUCGUGUUGCAAAAUUUUACAAUAAAAGAGUUCGAGCUCGCCAGUUUCAAGUUGGCGACUUAGUCCUACGUAAAGCUGGGUUAACUAACACCCAUUUGCACAUGGGCAAGCUCGCUCCUAAUUGAGAAGGUCCCUAUCUAGUUGUUCAAGUUAAACGACAUGGUUCUUACAUGUUAGCAGAUAUACACGGGCGUCAGUUAUCUUACCUUUGGAACGUACAGAAUCUUAGAAAGUUUUACAGUUAACGUGUGUAAUAUUAUUUUGCUUCAGGUGUUAUCCAACAGUUGUAAACAAAGAUAUACAAAAAUU